UGUUGCGUCACUUCCGUCUCAGCCGAGCAAUGGCGUCCUCCAGGAAAGACGGCGGCAUGAGCGAAACACAGCCAGGGAGAUUACCAAAACAGACUAAAAACCAAGGGGAUGAACCUGAACUCCUGACUGUCCCUGAUGGAUGGAAGGAGCCGGCUUUCACUAAAGAUGACAACCCUCGGGGCUUGCUGGAGGAGAGCAGCUUCGCCACCCUCUUCCCCAAGUACAGAGAAGCCUACCUGAAGGAGUGUUGGCCCCUGGUGGAGAAUGCUUUAGGAGAUACGCACAUCAAAGCGUCUCUGGACUUGAUAGAGGGCAGCAUUACGGUUUGCACCACCAAGAAAACCUUCGACCCCUAUGCCAUCGUGAGAGCAAGAGACCUGAUCAAGCUGCUGGCCCGGAGCGUCCCCUUCGAACAGGCGGUGCGGAUAUUACAGGAUGACAUGGCCUGUGACAUCAUCAAGAUCGGGACGCUGGUGAGGAACAGAGAGCGGUUUGUGAAGCGAAGGCAGCGGCUGAUCGGCCCUAAGGGCUCCACGUUAAAGGCGUUAGAGUUGCUGACCAACUGCUAUGUUAUGGUGCAGGGCAACACCGUGUCGGCACUGGGGCCCUACAACGGCCUGAAAGAAGUACGUAAAGUGGUGUUGGAAACCAUGAAGAACAUUCACCCCAUCUACAACAUCAAGACCCUGAUGAUCAAACAAGAGCUUUCCAAAGACACAGAGCUCCGAACACAGAGCUGGGAACGCUUCCUGCCCAAGUUCCGUCACAAGAACCUGUCCAAGCGCAAGGAGCCCAAGAAGAAGAAGACGAAGAAGGAGUACACGCCGUUCCCACCGCCGCAGCCGGAGAGCAAGGUUGACCAGGAGUUAGCCACAGGAGAAUUCUUCUUGCGUGACAGUGUGAAACGAAGGAAGAAGAUGGAGGAAAUCAAGGUAAAACAAGCAGAAGCCCUGACCAAGAAGCAGGAAGAGCGGAACAAAGCUUUCAUUCCUCCCAAGGAGAAGCCGUUGGUGAAAAAGACUGCUAAAGCUUCCGCAAAGCUGGACAUUGAAGCCAUCAAGGACAAAGUGAGAAAAGCCAAGACUAAGAAACUGGGAGCUCCCCCGGUGAUCCCAGCUCCGCCCACGAGCUCCACAGACAAGAAGAAGAAGAACAAAACCAAGAGCAAGGGCUAGCCACGCCCACACCAGCACAUUUCUACCAUAGGUGGUGACAUUUGUUGGACAGAUGGACACUGAGCUCACAGGACAGAAUGUCGGACGAUCGGAUCAGGAUAAACGUAGCCAUCCCAAGCCCUCGGUAAAGAGAGCGUUUUAAUCUGCUCUU